AUGUUCCUACUUUUAUCCCUCUUGUUGUAUGUUUUCUGUUUCAAUCGACAAAAACCAAAUGGCCUUCAACCAUAUCAAGAUCUUCCAGGCCUGAACAUAAGAAGAUUCAGUUUCAAAGAGCUACAAGUAGCAGCAAAUGGAUUCAAGGAGGAAUUGGGCAGGGGCGCUUUUUCAACAGUAUACAAAGGGAUUCUUAAGAACGACAAUAUUGAAACUGUAAUUGCAGUGAAAAAGCUUCAUAAGAUGGCUACAGAAGGCGAACAAGAAUUUAAAGCGGAAGUAAACUCAAUUAGCAGUACUAAUCACAAAAAUCUAGUUCAAUUACUGGGAUAUUGUGAAGAGGGCCAAAACCGGGUUUUGGUAUAUGAAUUCAUGAGCAAUGGUUCUUUAGUAAAAUUCCUGUUUGAAAAUUCAAGGCCCAACUGGUACAAAAGAAUGCAGAUUGCAUUUGCAACCGCUAGAGCAAAAAUAGCGGACUUUGGAUUAGCCAAGCUUUUGAAACCGGAUCAAUCUAGAACCACCACCGGAAUAAGGGGAACCAAAGGAAGAAAUUAUGAGCCCGAUGUUGAGUUUGAGACCGAAAUGAUACUGGCUGAUUUUGCUUAUGAUUGUUACAAGGAAGGAACAAUGCAUUUGCUAGUGGCAGACGAUGAGGAGGCAUUAGGCGACAAGCAAUUUGGCAAGUUUGUAAUGAUCGCCAUUUGGUGCAUUCAGGAGGAACCAACAUUAAGGCCUACCAUGAAGAGAGUAAUGCAACUUAUGGAAGGAUCUGUUGAAGUCCCCAUUCCUCCAGAUCCCUCCUCCUUUAUCACUUCAAUUUAG